AUGACAACAAAUAGUAUUUCUAUUGACAGCGAUAAUAAUAAUAAAAAUGAAAAUGAUAUUAUAAAUAAUGGAGAAAAAUUAAUUUCAGCAGAAACUUCAAGUUCAACUAUUGCAAUUAAUAAUAAUAAUAAUAAUAAUAAUAAUAAUGAUAAUAAUGAUAAUAAUAAUGAUGAUGGUAAAGAGAAUAAAAACGAACAAAAGGAUGAAUCAACAAAUGAAACCAAUAAAGCUACAACAAAGCAAACCAAUGGUGAAGAAUUUGACCCAAGAGUAAUUAAAAGUGCUUCAAUUACUUUAACGGAAACAAUAUCACCAAAAAGAAAACCGUAUACAGUUUACAGAGUUGAAGUAGAGCUUUCAGAUUCAUCAGUAUAUGUAGUUUAUCGUAGAUAUUCAGAGUUUUUAGAAUUUGAUUUGAAGCUUCAUGCCGCAUUUCCUUUAGCAAAGAUACCAUUUCCACCAAAAAAGACAUUCGGUAAAAUGAAUAAUGAAUUUAUUGGUCAGAGAAAAGAGGAUUUACAAAAGUUUACAAACUCCAUAUUCAAUAGUCCAACACUGGGUAGUCAGUUAUCAGCCCAUCCAUUGGUAGUCGAUUUUUUUACAGCCAACGAGUUUGACACCCAGCACUCUCAAGAGCAAGCAUUAAAUAACGCCAAUAGUAAUUGUACUAACAGUGCUAAUAAUAUCAAUGGUAAUAAAACUAUAGUAUUCAAUAAUAGAAAAAAUCGUGCGGUUUCAGUUUCUCGAGGUGCAGAUAGUUCAAUUGUCGUUACAAGAUUAAUUAUAUCAACACUUUCAUACUGGGCACAUUUUUUAGAUUUACCAUCACUAUUAGCAUUAACAAAUACUUGUAGUUAUUUAUUCAAUACAAUCUCUAAUUUUGCUGACCUUUGGAAGAUACUCUAUUAUGAACAUUUUUCAAUAUUACAUUUUAAUCAAAUAAAUAUAACAAAUUGUCAGUGUCAAUUUAUGUCCAAUAAAAAAGACUUAAGUAUUGGUUUAAUUAAUAAUAAUAGUAAUAAUAAUAAUGGUAAUAAUAGUAAUAGUACUACUAGUAAUAAUAACAAUAAUGGUGGCACCUUAAAUAGAUCAACAAGUUUAGUUAGUUUAUCUUUAAAGGAUGAAAAUUGUAUAGAAAAUCAAAAUAUAAAUAAUAAUAACAAUAACAAUAUUACAAACUCACCACAAAAAUUAAAAUCCCAUAGAUUAACAUCAUCAUCAUCAUCUCUGGCCACACUUUCCACAUUAUUUAUUUCAUCACAAAAUUUAUUAAGCAUUGAUAGUAAUAAUAAUGAUAGCAAUAAAAAUGAAAAUAAAUUGGACAAUAAAACAAAUGACGGUAAUAAAAAACCACAAAACAAUAAACAUAAAAACUCUCUCAGCCACAGUAUAUAUAGAAAUUUUAAAAAUAUAAAUCACAAUCAAAUUUUUUAUAUAAAUUCAAAACCAAUAGUAGAAUUUAAUAGAAUAUUAUUUCUUCAUUUAUUAUCAACACAUUACAAGCUAAGAACCAAUAUAGAAAGUCACACAAGCAAUAAAACCUGUAAUUGUUACGCAUUAAAAUUAAAAGGAACUAUAAUUGGCACACCAGAAACUCCAACUUCAUUUUUAUCAUCACUCAAUACUUUAUUAACUGAUAGUUGUGACAAAAAUAAUAAUAAUAAUAAUAAUAAUAAUAAUAGUAAUAAUAAUAAUGAAAAUAAAAAAGAUAAAAGUAAUAAUAAUGAUAAAAAUAAUGAUACCAUUAUAAUAAAUAAUAUUAAUCAAAUUCAGAAUAGCAAAAAAAUUAUAUCACAUACCGUUUCAAAUAGUAAUAUUUUAUGUAUACAAACAGUUGAUACAAGUAACAUUUUAAAUACAGAAAGAUUAUAUAGCCUUUCAUUUUCUCAUUUCGUAAUAAUAACAUUCUCAUUAAUCGAUAAACAAUCUUAUGAAGAUGUUUCAAAUAAAUGGUUUGAUGAAGUUAAAAGUAUAUGUCCAGAGGUACCAAUUAUAUUAGUAGGUUUACAUAGAGAUCAAAGAGAAAAUCAAAUUCAAGGUCAGAGUAUAUCAUAUGUUCAAGGUUUAGAGUUAAGUCGUUCACUUCCUGAUUGUAUUGGCUAUAUCGAAUCUCCCAGUGCAUCGGAUGGUGUUGGUGGUAAUAGAAACUCUUUAUUAAAUGAAUUGUCUUCUUUAUUGUUCCAUCAUUAUAGAGAAAGUGUUUUUACUUUUGACUUUAAAAAAAACAAAUAUGAAAUUUAUUUAAGUUUUUUAAGUAAGAUUUAUCCAAAAUAUUCAAACGAUUAUAUUACAAAUGUUUUAUCGAGUUACAGUGGCGAUAUAGAAAAGACUAUGGAAACAUUAGCAGAUAGUUAUAGUAGUUAUAUACCAGAUAGUCAAGAUCAUAGUUCUAAUGGUAUUGGUAGAACAAAGAAUAUUCAUAUAAAUAAAGGACCAAACACUCAAAACAAUAACCCUGUUGGUUCACCAACCUCAUCAUCUCCAUCUCAAUGGGUACCAUCUUCAUCAUUUGGUUCUAAAUCUGAACUUAGACAAAGUUGGAAUGCUGAGCUCUCUAAAAUGGAUAAAGAAUAUCGUGAUAGAUUAAUCGAGGGUUAUAUUUCUGACCAACCCAAACAAAGAAGAUCAAUUGUUUUGCCAAGUAGUUCCGAUAAUGUAGUAAUUGGUGGUUCAAGUGAAUCAAUUACACCAGUAACACCUCCAUCUAGUUCAGUAAAUAAUACCAAUAAUAAUACUACUACUGCUGGCAACACUGCCAAUACAUCACCAGUUCAAACUAGACCAUCAAUCAAAAUACCAGAUCAACAAAUCAAUGCAUUAAUCGAAAAACUAAAAAAAUCUUCAGUUGAUGAUUUUAUUAAAGGAUUCUUAAAGAAAAAGUCACAAAAUCAAGAUAUUUUAGCAGAAAUGAUAAUGUCAUUCCUUAGAGAAAUGAAAACCAAGAUUCAAUCAAGUCAAGUAUUUAGCCCACUCUCAAAAUUAGAAGAUAUUAAUGAAGAAGAUUUCACAGAAUCACCAUUAGCCGAAAUUGAAAAUCACCUCUAUCAAUCUGUAUAUAAAUUUGUUUUCUCAUCCAGCGAAACACUCGAAAGAGAUUCACUCUUAACUGAUCGUACGAAUAGAUUAUCAACAUUCUUAGAGCCACAACAUUUAGAAAUUAGUCCAAUUCAUUGUGAUAAAGACCUUUGGUCAACUGCCCAACAAGAGCUUCAAGGUUUAAAUGAUCUUUUUUCACCAUCCCAAAAACUAGAAUGUAUAUUAAAAUGUUGUAAAGUUAUUUUGUAUUUAUUAUCGUCAAGUGAUAGUCCAGGUGGUGCCGAUGAUUUUUUACCUCAUUUAAUUUAUGUUAUCAUCCACGCUAAUGUUCCACAUUUGGUUUCAAAUUUCGAAUUCAUUUCAAAGUUUUGUAAUCCAGAGCAAUUAAGAAUGGAAAGAUAUUAUUAUUUAACUACAUUUGGUAUUGCAAUUACAUUCAUUGAAAAUAUUGAUGCCAAACAAUUAAAGAUUGACCCAGAAGAAUAUCAUGCCGCCUACUCUGGAAAAAAAAAGUCUUGUGACCCAUCAAAAGCCAAAAUUAUGCAAAAGCUCGGUAUUGACGAAAAAACUGCUAGCAUGAUCGAAUUUUCACCAAAAAAGCAUAGUAGACGUCCAUCCGGCACCUCAGUAUCAUCAAGUGUAUCAUCAACAGCAAAUAAACAAAGUGCUACAGGUGGAAUUAUUAGUAAUACAGGUGCAGAUGACGGCAGUAACCAUAUUACAACUAAUGAUGAAAAUCUUAGUUCAAGUGUUGGCAGUUAUAGUAUAGGUAGCUUAGGUUCUCACCAGGAUCAUUUCGAUGAUCUUUUGAAACAGGCAUCAAAUGAACAACCUGUUCCAAUCCAAUCUUGGAGCACAAGUCUUUCUUCAACACCUUUUGACGAUUUAGAUGAUGGAAAUAAAAAAUUGCUUUUACGUUUUUCAAAAGUUGAUCGCAGCAGUACCUCUCCAGACUCUUCAACAAAUUUAUCAAAUAUUAAUAUAAAUAAUGGUAAUAAUAGUGUUGGUAGCAAUAAUAGUAAUGGUAUUAGUAAAAGUGAUGAUUUAGAAACAGAACCAAAUAAAAAAAAUGUAGAGGAACAUCCAUUAAUUUAA